UUCUCAGUAUUUCAUGCAUCAAGUUUGGUUCCACCAAAACAACAAUUUAUUUUCAUCAGGGUCGGCACAUUCUUCCAAACCACAUUCACGGAUACCAAGAGAUUCUUGUUUCAUAGCCCAUGAGGGUCACCAAAAGUAGGACGGUAUCAGGAGUCUGGUUUAUUUUUUCUGUUGUUUCGAUUCAACCUAAAAAGUUUUUCAAGAAGCGAUCAGUCAGGGUGUGGGAUGACUUGCUGAAUUGUUACCAAAGGGGUGCUAAACUCCUCGUUCACAGAGAAGUUGCAAUCGGAGGCCUGAACAAACAGGCAGAUUCUUUAGUGAUGGUAAAAGCAGGUAUAACAGGCCCUUCACUGGAAACGAACGAUGGAGACUUUUCAGCAGUUGAUGAUGAGAAGCGUCCAGGCGUUACUAGUCAAGAUUGGAAAUGGUCAUGCUGGAGAUGUGUACAGGAGGGAUCGAAGAAGAAAUUUAAGAAGUUUUACCCAGAUUCAGAUGAAGUUGAUCCUUCUGUACCUGUCGAUCUUUCCUAACCUUUCUGGGUAAUUUACGAUGAAGACGUAGAGGAUGGUGUACCGGUAGAAUAUUGCGGCAAAGAUCGAGCAACUGUUGUUAGGUUGUAUUCCAAGUAUCUUCUACGACUUGUAAACGAACUCAGACUGCCUACCAAAUUGACAAAAUCUGGUUUUGGUUAUGGAGAGAUUAGUUCCAGGCAUCUAUUGGCAAUAUUAAUAUUUAACAGGGACCUCUAUCAGAGUCGUCUUGAUUCUGUAGAAACGGACGAAUUUGAUCUCCUUCACAUGCAUCAUUUGAUCCGUUUCCUGAAGAAAGACUAUGAAGACACUAUCACAGAGUAUGAGAGGAUGAAGAAAGCUGGUGUUACUUCCUUGAAAAUGUUGUGGACCCUGAUGGUGCCCGACGUGGAAGUUGUCUAUUACUGUGAUGUUUCAAAGGAAGAACUAUGUGGUAAAGUUGUGGUAGCAAGAUACAAUAUUAGUGAUUCGGAUUAUUUUCUGUUUGAACAUGUGAGGAAGCAGGUAGAUUUUAUGGUUCGGUGGAAGCAUAUGACUACGAUUGCCUGAACUUCUUUCUCAAUAGGGGAAUGAAAUAUUGUGACCUGGUUUUAAAACACAAGGGCUGUUUCAUGCAAUAUCAAGGAUUACUCUGUACACAAAAUAAAAAGUCACCGAAAAACGUGCCCUUGAGAUACUGGAGAUCCUCUGACAACCACAAGGAGAGUGUCGAUGGUCGGGUGAUGAUUGAUCAAGUAGGUUAUGCGAAAAUGAAACCAAACCAGGAUAUGGGCACUGCAAGUCCAUCAAGAAAUUGGUUGGGGAGAGAUAGACCGAGGAUGGAUCAGGUAAAACCUUGACAGUGGAAACCCUUGCAGAAAAAUUUGGAUGUCCUUUGUGGCAAUUAAGUGUUGCUAAGCUUUCUACAAGCACUAAAAGGCUUGAGACGAAGUUGCUCAAGAGAUUUGAAACAGCAGUAUCAUGGCAGGCUAUCUUGUUGUUAGAUGAGGCUGAUGUGUAUCUAUCGUCCAGAAAACACUCACCUCCAAGCUCAGAUGUUACUCCAACCAAUGCAAUGACAGGAGUGUUCUUACGGGUUUUGGAAUAUUAUAAGGGUCUUCUCUUUCUGACAAACAAUAUGGUUGAUCAUUUUGAGGAAGCAAUCUUUUCGAGAAUGUCUUUGUUUGUUGAAUUUCAAGAAUUUGACGACAUAGAACGCAAGCAAUUGUGGACGGAUUCCCUAAAUCGAGUUGGCUUUCAAGGAACAUUAUCUCUAGAAUUUUGGAAGGAGGUACUGUUUGUAAAAUUCAAUCAUUGUGUGGUCAGAAACUUGAUUAAAAAUGCCCAGAUCCUAGCUCAAAGUGACAAUAUACCAUUGUCGGAGGUUUAUAGUAAAUGCAUCUAAUAUAAUGCUUAGGAAUAAGUGAAAAAGUGUCACUUUUAUAAAUAGCUACUACAUCAUUAGAGUUAUAUCAAUUCUACAUUUAUAUAUGGAGUAGUUUUUACUUUGUAA